AUGGCUAAACAAUGGCUUAAGUGGCUAGAGGUUUCAGGUGCUCCCAAACUAGAUGUCAUUGUGAGUGCAUUGCUGAAUGGUGAACUUGAUACUUUUCAUGAUCAUCUUUAUGAAACAAUCAUCAAAGACUUAUCUUUCAAUGAUGUUGGUGGAUCAACUUUAGGCAAGAGAGCAGAAGCUUUCUAUUAUGCAUACUUGAUGGGCUGGCUUGCCCAUGCAAGAUAUGGAGCAACUAGUGGAAGUAGGAAUUGCAUUCCAAGGGAAGUUGAUGUCAAAGUUUAUAAGAAAUGUGAUGGAAAAUGGGUAUCUGUUUCUUUGACUAAGUUAGUAUUUGUGGCAAAUGUCCAAUAA